AUGCCUGGCAUCUCAAGUCUGGUAGUGCUUCUCGCGCAUUGUGUCAUCGUGGCGCUUGCUCUUUUCAUACCGCUACAACUACCCGCCAAUGUAAAUAUCCCAAGCCUUGGGCUUUCUGUCAACGCCACCGACCUCAAAGGACAACCUGCAAUUCCUGGCUUCGAUGCGGUGCUAAGUUGGGUUCCUCGGGUGUCCAUCAAGCCAGAAGAUGCCUACCUCUGCGCUAUAGAUUUCAUGUAUGACCUAGCUUCUAGUGGAUGGGAUGAAAUUAUCCCAAGUGGAUACGAAGCAUCCUCGAAGGAUGUCAACGGAAUUAUAAUCGCGUAUGGUAGCCUCGCGCAUCCUGAAGAUAAAAAUCAACUACAAAACAAACACCUUAUCCUAGGACUUCUCAAAACGAUGAACACGUUGGCCAGCAGGAAAUCCUUUUGCAUUACCAGAGCCAUUCUGUAUAUGUAUAACAAGCCCGUCGGGCAACUUGCGAUAGCCCGUCAGGUGUCUCCGACAUUGACUGAAAUCAAUGGCACGAACUUCAGCCUGGGUAACUUGGAUCCUAUGACCAACAGUAUGGCGAGCCGAAAUCUUACUGUCGAGAGGGAUAUUGUGGAUCCGGAGGACUCGAAUUUUGUGAUCUCUUUCGAGACUUUGGAAGAUUCUAUACCAUGCCAGAGUCUGUUGAAUGCCGCCGUGAACGGAUUGGCAAUUUCGGCCCCGGCAAAGAAUGAUGAUGUUUGCACCGAAUUUGCGGGUGUCAGUUCAGGGGGUGAGGUGACCUAUAUGAUUCAUAGGAAUUCUCCCGGGACAACGCGGUUCCUUCUGACUUACAAUCUGGUGAGAAGAUCGCUCAAACUGCUUCCGGCGAGGAUGUACAAGGAUGGACUUUGUGGAGAGGUCAAAUUUGACUUCAUCUAUGGCGAUGAGGAACUUGGUGGUGGGACUAUGUUUCUGUCCUGA